AUGGGUCAGCAUCCGUUGCUUCCAGGUGAACAGCUACUCGCCGAAGACGACCUAUCGGAGGCCAUCGAUACGGGCACGCGCUGCGACUACAGAGAUAUAUACCGCGUCCCGACCGAUGAGGAUCCCAACAGAUACCAUUGGGUGGAUGCAAAACCGCCGAUAUACGGUGCUACAGGCGACAAACUUCGGACAAAGAAAGCACGGGAAGCUUUCGCUGUAAACGUCUACCAUCGCUUUGACGAGGUGAGAGAUGAGUGGAAAAUACAUGAAUUACGCAUCAACAGUACGCUCCUUCAUGCUGCGCUGGAGAAGAUACUCGAAGGUUAUCCAGGCUUGACACAGCAUGAGAUGAAGUCGUUCGCACCACCGUUUCUUCCAUUCAUUCAUCGAUGGGAAGCGAUGCUCAGCUUCAAGGAUGGCGUCGAUCCAGAAUCUGAGACCAAGCACCACCUCGAUUUACUCCAGGAUGUUCUCGAACCCCUACUCAAGGAGUCUUUCGACAAGAUCCGCGACAUAAAGGCGACCGGGCAUGUUGCGUUCCAGGACCUAAACUUGGUUCUUAUUCCCGCCAUGAUGGUUCUGGACCAUAAGACGGACUCGAUCGGGGUUGUUCGAUAUUGUAACAUUACGUGCAUGCCUCCCCCAGCGCAAAAGAUGUUCUGGUCGAUAGGCGUCGAUGUGGUCGACUGGGAUGGAAGGCGAUGUGGUCUUCUUGCGCAACCAAAACACGUGUUCCAGUAUCAGGGCUUACGGGCCUUGACUGCGUUGGAUGUAUCACCUCUCGAUGAUCAUCCUGAUCAAACGAGUAUCCGUGAACGACUCAUCAAACGAGGCCGUCGGUUCGAAGAGCUACGCGGCCAAUUCUUCAAAGCCUUUACCGACCAGCGCGAAGAGCGCGUAGACGAGCGCAUGGUUAUUGACGCGCGAGCAUAUCACAAAUUCCAGACCGGGUUCGUGCCUCUAGAAUACGCGAAACUGUCUGAGAUAGGCCAGCUAACGUGGGCUCAAUCCAUGAACCGUUACUCCCCCAGUGUCCCUAGCACCCCGGGAUCAGCAAUCGAACUGGAUCUCUCGCCAAUGACCGAUGACGAAUGCCUUCUAGCUGUACACUACGUCAAGUGCUUCGAUAUCGAGAAGAAGAAGUGGGAGAUACUAGACGUGACUAAGAUUCACGAGAUACCUUGGGCUGAGCAUGCUUUCGACAGCUUAGUCCUCGAUCAGGACGAGAAGGAUUUGGUCUUGGCUCUCGUAGACCGCGAUCAGUUCAAGCAAGGAAAGCCCUUCGAUGACUUUGUAGUCGGUAAAGGCCAAGGCAUGAUCAUGCUGCUUUGCGGCCCUCCAGGCGUGGGUAAAACACUCACUGCUGAGACCGUCUCUGAGCACUUGCGUCGCCCCCUAUAUAAGCUCGGGGCUGGUGACCUAGGAACGAGCGCGCGCACCGUCGAGGAUAAUCUGGAGAGUGCGCUGAAUUUGUGUGGUCACUUCGGUGCUGUCCUGCUUCUCGACGAGGCUGAUGUGUUCAUGGAGGCGCGCACUCUGAACAAUCUCCAACGCAACGAGCUUGUUUCGGUCUUCCUUCGCCUACUCGAAUACUACAAAGGCAUCAUGAUUCUGACUACGAAUCGGAUGCGCAGUAUCGACACGGCUUUCGAAUCUCGUAUCGAUAUCACACUGAGCUACAGCUCGCUCGGAGAAAGUGAUCGUCUUCAAGUCUGGCGCAACUUCCUGACUACUAUCGAUGCGCAGGAUGUGGAUGUCGGAGAAGCUGAACUGGAGAAACUGGCAAAGCUCAACUUCAAUGGGCGUCAGAUCAAGAGCGCGAUCAAGACUGCAAAGAUCUUGGCGGCGAGGAAAAAGGAACGCUUGAGUGCAGAGCAUCUCAUGGUCGUGCUGAACUUGAGGCAGAAAGCACUCGGUAUGAUGGAUGGUGGGGCAGACGAUGACGAAGCCAGAAGGAGGGCAGAACGGGACGACACUAGGAGUAUGUGGUCGACAGCCACCGACACCGACACUUCUCUUCCUAUCUAG